CCAUACCUACCUUACCUAGCUUGCAUCUCUGUCGCACUGUAUUAUUACUGAGUCUCGUUGCCACCAUGUUCCGCCCAUGUUCACGCCCAUAUCGUCUCUGAACGCGAACCUUGGCUUCGGCCUGGAGCCCGUCGAGCGACAAUGUCUGCCGGCAACCCAUUCCGACGCUCACGCGUGCCUGUAGAGCCCGAUGCUGCAUCUGCCAACAUCUUUGGUGCUGUCAGAGCCGCCCCGGAUCAGGCGGCUUCCUCGACACCUCCUCCUCUUCUUCCUCCUAUGAAGACGGGAGGAGUCGUAAAUCAGCCACAUACGCCAGAAGAAGCACACAGUCCACGCAAUGGAGACAGGAGACCACCUGCAAACGACGACGACGCAAGGGGAAAUUCGCGGGACACACACACCUCGGAAAACGACCGCCGCGAAGACGAGUUCACGACAACAGCAGCCUCUUCCGCGGUGGACCAGGCGGCGAGUGACCAGAGAGGAAGUCUGCGGCGUACGGAUGCGGCGGCCGGAGGCAUGCGGGCUCCUUAUAAUCCAUUCGCCAGAACGUUGGCAUCAAGAGAGGCAGGAUUUGGAUUGUCGGAAGAUAGCAGGGAGACCGCGGAAGGAGGCGGAAGGGAGAAUGAGCAGAGGGCAAAACCAGCGCUGGAUGUGGAUGCAUUUAAGAAUAUAUUGAUGACUGGAGCUCCCAUACCAACAGGUCUGUCGACGCAUUUGGGCACACCUCGCCCACAUCACAUCACCACCGAAGCUCCUGCAGCAUAUGAUGCUGCAUAUGGCGCGCAUCCAGAGUCGCCGCGGGACAUACACCAUGACUAUGACUCGACAUCAGAAGACGAUGAGAAAUCUGAACUCAUGGGCAUUGGGAGGUCUGAAGAUUUAGCGCCACCAGCACCGCCUAAGCCAAAGACCAAAGGACCACAGACAGUAUCCUUUGCGGACUUUGAUCAGUCCAUACCUCCAGGCUUUGUUUCAUCGCGCUCGCGGUCACCUCAUAUCAACGCACAACACUUGACUGGUAUACUGCGGUCAGCCUCGCCUAGACCGGGCAGUGAUCUCAACAAGCCUUUACCGGCGCCUCCAACAGAACCCACAGAGAAAUCAUCUCCAGCUUUAGCUGAUGCUAGCGGACCUCUACCGCGGGCGGACGUGCAGAGCCCCACGACUUCAUCAUCCGCAAAAUCGAUUCCGCCUCCUCCGCCCACGAGGAAGUCUGGAGCAGGCCAUGGUCGCGCACGAAGCAGCUCUAAUCUUUCCAAUAUGACGACGGAUUCAACAUCAUCGACGCUCGCGGAUUCUGGCCCCUCGACGUCGUCAAAUAAGCUUGCGCCACCUCCUCCACCAACCAGAAAGUCUGGCAAUCAUUCCACAGCGCAGCCUCAAGCAAAAGGGCCGUCCUCUCCUCAUCCCGAAGCUAGGCUUACACCGCCGCCCCCACCUCCACUGCGACGACUUUCCAGCAGGUCCGCGCGAGGCACAUCGAAUCUCGGUCGGCAAGCCUCAGAAGACGGCUCGAGUAUGGCAGAGACUACGCCCGCGCCAACGACCUCUGCACCCCCGCCACCGCCGCCCCGUCGUCCUGGCUCUAAGCGUACGAGUCUUGACGGGGCACCCAGCUCAUUCCCACGCAGGCUUAGUGGUGAAUACUAUCGAGGGACUAGCUUUGAUAGUGAGAGGCCCCCUUCUAUUUCAAGCUUGCAGAAAGUAGCCGAAGGUGGCGAAGGCAGUGAGCAAGCUAGUAUGUCGCCCGGCGCAGAAAGAGACAUUCUGGCAGAGAUGAGCGCCUUUCAAGCCGAGAUAGACGCGCUCUCACAAGCUGCCAAGGCCAAGUGAUACUCUCCCAUGAUGAUAUGAACUCCAAUUUCCCAAUUCC